CAUGUUAGAGCAAACUAAACGCAGCUUCGAAAACACGUGGAGGAUAAUACCGAGUUUUUGUAUCGAAAAGUGAUUCGGUCAGGUUUCUAAGUCGACGCGUCCAAAAGUUUAAAGCAUGAGGCCUGCUAAGAUGUGGGCUCUUGUGGCUGCUGCUCUAGUGGCCACCGCACUUCUACCUUCCAGUUACGCCGAAGCUCCACUAACCGGCAGCUACUUGCCACCAUCAACGAGCUACGGAACUCCCAACAUCGGCGGAGGUGGUGGUGGUGGAUUCGGAGGUAGUGCGCUAUCCAGCAGCUACGGUGCCCCAUCUUCCGGAGGCGGAAGCUUCGGUGGCAGCUUCGGUGGUGGAUUCGGAGGCAGCGCGCCAUCCAGCAGCUACGGAGCGCCGUCUUCUGGAGGCGGAAGUUUCAGCAGUGGAUUCGGAGGCAGUGCCCCGUCCAGCAGCUACGGAGCACCGUCUUCUGGAGGCGGAAGCUUCGGUGGCAGCUUCGGCGGUGGAUUCGGAGGCAGUGCACCGUCCAGCAGCUACGGAGCGCCAUCAUCCGGUGGAAGCAGCAGACCGUCAAGCAGCUACGGAGCACCAUCGACUAGCUACGGAGCCCCGUCUUCAGGAGGUGGUGGCGGAUUCAGCGGCGGAAGCAGCAGUGGAAGUUUCGGAGGUAGCUUCGGUGGCAGUGCACCGUCCAGCAGCUACGGAGCACCAUCGAGUAGCUAUGGAGCUCCAUCUUCGGGAGGCGGUGGAUUCAGCGGUGGCAGCAGCAGCGGGUUUAGCAGUGGUGGAAGUUUCGGAGGUGGAUUCAGCGGCAGUGCACCCUCAAGUAGCUACGGAGCACCAUCUUCCGGUGGUGGAAGACCCUCUUCGAGCUACAGAGCUCCCUCGUCAAGCUACGGUGCACCUUCUUUCGGAGGAGGUAGUGGUGGAUUUUCCAAACCCUCAAGCAGCUACGGGGCACCAUCUUCCGGUGGCGGAAGACCCGCUUCGAGCUACGGACCUCCCUCAUCAAGCUACGGCGCACCUUCUUUCGGAGGAGGUAGUAGCAGCUUUUCCAAACCCUCAAGCAGCUACGGAGCACCAUCUUCCGGCGGCGGACGACCCUCUUCGAGCUACGGAGCUCCCUCCUCAAGCUACGGUGCACCUUCUUCCGGAGGUGGUGGCAGCUUUUCUAAACCCUCAAGCAGCUACGGAGCACCGUCUUCAGGAGGCGGUAGCUUCGGUGGCAGUAGUUUUGGCGGCGGCUCUGGCGGUGGACACUUCAGCGGCGGCGGUGCCAGUCAGCCAUCCUCCAGCUACGGCGCACCCUCUUCAAGCAGCGGUGGUUACAGCUCAGGCGGCGGGGGUGGAUACAGUUCCGGAGGUGGAUACAGCUCCGGUGGCUCCAGUGGUGGAUACAGCUCCGGAGGUGGAUACAGCUCCGGCGGUUCCGGUGGAGGCCACAGUUCCGGCGGUGGUGGUGGAUACAGCUCCGGAGGAGGUGGUGGAUACAGUUCCGGAGGAGGUGGUGGAUACAGUUCCGGUGGCAGUGGAGGCGGUUACAGCUCCGGUGGUAGCAGCGGUGGACAGAGCUACGCCAGCAACGGCGGCUACCAAUAUUAAGCUAACUAUAAGAUCUAUUAACCCAUCAACAAGCGGGUAAUCACCGAUGAACUUGCUUCCAUCGCUGGUUUUUCUCUAACAGGAAAUAAGUUGUUGAACCUGCAGGCAUCAGCUCUGACCAUGACACUCGAAACUGCACGUCCCGAUUGUUUUCUACUCUAACAUCAAUGCCAGAUUGUUUAGGAAUCGUACACGGGGAGGUUGAGUAUUUUGUUCGAACUCUGCGCUAUAACGUGAAAUCGAUAUUCUUUAUCUCCUUCUCCCUCUCUGUGUAUCUCUAUGUCUCCACCUUGGUUCCCUGUUAUGUUUUCUCUCUUAUAGCUGGAAUCCUGACGAUGACGAAUGAAGUCCAUCAGGAGAAACCCGCGCUUCGAUCCCCAUUUCACUAACUGAGCUGAAUUAAUUGUAGAUACUAAACCAUUUCGCUUCCACAGUAGGAACAAGAUAUGUACAUUUUUAUAUUUUUAUACAUGACAAAAAGAAAAAGAAAAGAAUAGAAUAAUUAUCUAAUCCAGUUGUUAGACAAAUAACUGUUUACACUGGAUAUGAUUUAUUUAUUAUUUUUGUGAAAACGCUUUUGUUUUACCAAUAAAGCUGGUCUGCUGUGAAGAAU